AUGCGCCUUCUUGUCCAACUCUUUGCUUUGGCCACACUGUUUACCAUGACAGCCGCGCAGAAUCAUACCGGAACUUUAUUCACGUUUGAUCCUGGUCUCGGCGCGUGUGGGUUUACGAACACGAGUGACCAAUCGGUCGCCUCUGUAUCGCAGACUUUCUUCAGUGCUUUUCCAGGUGCUACAGAAAACCCCAACGACAACCCCAUAUGCACUCAUACACUUACCAUCACUUUUCACAACACCAGCGUAACUGCGCAAAUUGUCGAUGUCUGUCCUGGGUGCCCAGACUUCAACGUCGGUCUUUCUCCCAGCGCAUUCACGAAGUUCGCCCCCAUUUCUCAAGGCAUAGUCAACAACGUGACGUGGGUGGUCAAUUGA